AUGCUGUUGCGGCAGGCGCGCGCUCUCGGGAGCUUGCCCGAGCGGCUCGGCAGUCUGAGCGGCCGUCUAGGGCGAGGAUUCGCAGCCCAGGCCGCCCCGCAGGAUGAUUCCGUCGAGGUGUUUAUCGACGGAAAGGCCGUGCACGUGCCGAAAGGCGCUUCAGUGAUCCAGGCCUGCGACGCAGCAGGCAUAGACAUCCCAAGGUUCUGCUACCACCCGAAGCUGUCGAUCGCGGGCAACUGCCGCAUGUGUCUCGUGGAGAUGGAGAAGUCCCCCAAGCCCGUGGCGUCGUGCGCGAUGCCGGUGAUGCCCGGGAUGAAGGUCACGACCAACUCGGAGCGCGUGAAGAAGGCGCGCGAGGGCGUCAUGGAGCUGCUCCUGAUCAACCACCCGCUCGACUGCCCGAUCUGCGACCAGGGCGGCGAGUGCGACCUGCAGGACCAGGCGAUGAUGUUCGGGUCGGACCGGUCGCGCUUCACGGAGGUCAAGCGCGGCGUGGAGGACAAGUCGCUCGGCCCGCUGGUGAAGACGGUGAUGACGCGCUGCAUCCACUGCACGCGCUGCGUGCGGUUCUCGACGGAGAUCGCCGGCGUGCCCGAACUCGGCGUGACCGGGCGCGGGAAGGACGCGGAGAUCGGGACGUACGUGGACAAGCUGCUCACGAGCGAGAUCUCCGGGAACGUGAUCGACAUUUGCCCCGUGGGGGCGCUCACGGCCAAGCCCAGCGCCUUCACGUACCGCAACUGGGAGCUCAAGUCCACGGAGAGCGUCGACGUCAGCGACGCCCUCGGCAGCAACGUGCGCAUCGACUCGCGCGGCACGGAGGUCAUCCGCGUGGUCCCGCGGCCCAACGACGCCGUCAACGAGGAGUGGAUCUCCGACAAGGCGCGCUUCCAGUACGACGGCCUGCGCACGCAGCGCCUCACCACGCCCUUCGUCAAGGGCCCCGACGGCGCCCUCGAGCCGGCGACCUGGGCGGACGCGCUCGCGGUGGCGGCGGGCGCCCUGCGCGGCGUGGACCCGUCGGCGGUGCGCGCGAUCGCGGGGCGCGUGGCGGACACGGAGGCGAUGGUGGCGCUGAAGGACCUGGUCAACCGGCUGGGGAGCUCGGCGACGUACACGGACAGCAACGGCGCGGGGCUGAGCGCGGACCUGCGGUGCUCGUACGUGAUGAACAGCAGCAUCGAGGGCAUCGACGAGGCGGACGCGGUGCUCCUGGUGGGGACCAACACGCGGUGGGAGGCGCCCGUCCUCAACGCGCGCCUGCGCAAGGGCUGGCUGAACGGGCUGCGCGUCGCGUCCGUCGGGCCGCACGUGGAUCUGACGUUCCCCGCGGACCACUUCGGGGACUCCCCCGACGAGCUCGCGGCGAUGAAGGCCGGGAAGGGCCCCGGGGGCGCGUGGUACAAGGAGGUGUUCCAGGGCGCGAAGCGGCCGCUGGUGAUCGUUGGCGCGGGCGUGCACCAGCGGGCGGAUGGCGCGGCGGUGAUGCGCGCGGUGGCGGACCUGUGCGCGGGCACCAACGCGCUGACGCCGGACUGGGUGGGCCUCAACGUGCUGCAGGACACGGCCGCGCGGACCGCCGCGCUGGACGUCGGGUUCGUGCCGGGCCCCGGCGCGCUGGACAAGCCGGCCAAGGUGGUGUACCUCCUGGGGUCGGACGACUUCACCGAGGCGGACGUGCCGGCGGACGCGUUCGUGAUCUACCAGGGACACACGGGGGAGCGCGGGGCGGCGCGCGCGGACGUGGUGCUGCCGGGCGCGGCGUACACGGAGAAGACGGCGACGUGGGUGAACACGGAGGGGCGCGCGCAGCGGUCGAAGGCGGCCGUGGCGCUCGCGGGCGGGGCACGGGAGGACUGGAAGAUUGUGCGCGCGCUGUCCGAGAUGGCCGGCGCGCAGCUGCCGUACGACUCCGUGUCGGGCAUGCGCGCGCGCCUGCAGGAGGUGGCGCCGCACCUCGCGCGCGUCGACGCGUUCGAGGCCCCGCUGUGGAGCCCCCAGGGGUGGGGUGCUGGCACCAAGGACAAGGUGGACGGCAAGCGGCCGCUGGCCUCGCACGUGGAGAACUUCUACCAGACGGACAUCAUCUCGCGCACGUCUAAGACGAUGGCGCGGUGCGUGCAGGCGAGGGCCGCGGACGAGAUGCAGGCCACAGCUUGA